GAGGGAGUGAAGAAAUCUCAUUACUGCAACUACUCAACCUCAGGUGUUUUGGAUUUGGAAUUAGUUGACCAUGGCUUCUGAUGGGGUUACUGAGAAUUGCCUUGCCUGGGCGGCCCGAGAUCCUUCUGGAGUUCUCUCCCCCUACAAAUUUAGCCGCAGGGCCGUUGGAGUUGAUGAUGUUUCCCUAAAAAUUACACACUGUGGAGUUUGUUAUGCUGAUGUUAUUUGGACAAGAAAUGGACAUGGAGACUCCAGAUAUCCUUUGGUGCCUGGACAUGAAAUUGUUGGAAUUGUUAAAGAGGUUGGUUCCAACGUUCGUGGCUUCAAAGUUGGUGAUCAUGUUGGAGUGGGAGUUAUUGUCAACUCCUGCAGAGAUUGUGAGUACUGCAAUGAUGAUAAAGAAAAUUGUUGCAUAAAAGGGUGCGUUUUGACCUUCAAUGGUGUUGAUGUGGAUGGAACCAUCACAAAAGGUGGAUAUUCCAGCUAUGUAGUUGUCCAUGAAAGAUACUGCUUCAAAAUACCCGAUAACUAUCCUCUAGCUUCAGCAGCACCAUUGCUUUGUGCUGGAAUUACUGUUUAUUCGCCAAUGAUGCGCCAUAACAUGAACCAACCUGGCAAAUCUCUUGGUGUUAUCGGGCUUGGUGGUCUUGGUCACAUGGCAGUGAAGUUUGGUAAGGCUUUUGGAUUGAAAGUAAUAGUUUUCAGCACAAGCAUAUCUAAGAAAGAGGAAGCCUUGAAUCUCCUUGGUGCAGACAACUUUGUUAUCUCAUCUGACCAAGAGCAGAUGAAGGCCCUAACUAAAUCACUGGACUUCAUAAUUGACACGGCAUCUGGUGAUCACCCCUUUGAUCCCUACUUGGGACUCUUGAAAAUUGGUGGGAUUUAUUCCCUUGUUGGGUUUCCAAGUGAGAUAAAAUUUAGUCCUGGUAGCCUUAAUUUAGGUUUGAGAUCGUUGGCCGGAAGUGUUACAGGUGGUACAAAAAUGAUCCAACAAAUGAUCGAUUUCUGCGCUGUACACAAAAUUUACCCAAAUAUUGAAGUAAUUCCAAUUGGGUACGUAAAUGAAGCUCUUGAGAGGCUAAUAAAGAGGGAUAUCAAGUAUCGGUUUGUGAUUGACAUUGAGAAGUCCCUCAAGUAAAAUCCUGGUGGUAAAAUGAGGGUGGGGUUAUUGCCACAGCCACUAAUGUUAAUGCCACAGCUUUUUUCAGUUAUUUGACCAUUAACCCACGCGGAGAAGAUGGUGACUGCUGCAAGUUGGAUUCAAAUGAGGGGUAUAAUAGUCAAAUAACUAAAAAAAGCUGUGGCAUUAACAUUAGUGGCUGUGGCAAUAACCCCACCCGUAAAAUGAAGAUCUUAUCUUCAGCAGAUUUCGUGUUGUUUCUCAUGGAUGAAUGGCAUGCAUAAGGUUUGAUGUAGUAGCUGUCCUAGUGCUCAUACUAUGUACCGUGUUGAAGUAUUUAUGGUGAAAUAAGUGAAUGACAGGAUCUUUAUGUACUGUGUUGAAGUAUUUAUUAUGGUGAAAUAAGUGAGUGGCAGGAUCUUCUUGUUUGAAAGAGAGCUUUAUUUAAAAUAGAUGUGGCCGAGGUUUGCAUUAAUAGAAUUUUCAAUGUGAC